AUGUAUAUUAUUCUAUCUCAGCUGGAUUCUUUCGAACUCCCUCGAGGAGAGCCAUCAAGAGAUGCCGACAUUGAAUUAGGACAGCAGCCUCCAGUUAGUGCUGCAGAACAGGGACUGGAAGUUCAAGUAAUCGAGAAACAAGUUGACAAGCUUUCAACUCUAUCAAAGAAUCUUCAGGUACACAUUCCAACAAUUUUAGUACAUAUUUUUACUGGAAUUGUGAUGGAUAAAGGUUGGAUGUUUUUACCAAGACAAACCGAGGAAUACAGAAAAGGACUUGAGAAUUUUCUAGAUUUUGCAUUUUCUAAUGCAAACAUAAAUGGAACAAUUGCAUGUCCUUGUGCAAGAUGUAAGAUUGGCAUAUGUGUUUCAAGAGAGGAGGCUUAUGAUCAUUUGACGGUUGAUGGAUUUAUUAAAGGUUAUACUCACUGGGUUGCUCAUGGAGAGAUAGCAUGUAGUGCACCUUCAAUAUCUAGUUCGGUUCUGUCUCGUGAUGAUGUAGAUAACAUGGAGGGACUAGUUCAUGAUGCUUUUGGGGUCCAACAACACGAUGGUAGUACAAUCAAUACAGCAGGAUUUGAAAAGGAUAAAGAUAUUCCGUUUGGGGAGGCCGAGAAAUUCUAUAAAUUAAUUGAUGAUUCACAAAAGGAGUUAUAUCCCGGAUCAUUUCCAAAUGCCAUGAAAGAUUUACCAAAGUCAUAUUAUGAAGCAGAGAAAUUGAUGAAGCAAUUAGGACUUGGUUAUGAAAAAAUCGAUGCUUGCCCUAAUGAUUGUACUUUGUACUGGGGGUUGGACAAGGAAAGAGUUCUCUGUAAAACAUGCAAUGAGCCUAGAUGGGAAACAUCUGAAGAUGAUCCUACUGGUGACAAGAGGAAAGUUGCAUGUAAGGUUUUAUGGUAUUUUCCAAUAAAGCCUAGGUUACAACGUUUGUUCAUGUCCUACAAAACGGCCGUCCAUAUGAGAUGGCAUUCUGAAUCUCGCACAAAAGACAGUUACAUGCGACACCCAGCUGAUUCCCCAGCUUGGAAAACGUUUGACCAUAACCACCCAGAAUUUGCGAAGGAUCCUAUAAACAUAAGGCUAGGAUUAGCUUCAGAUGGAUUUAAUCCAUUUAAAAAUAUGAGUGCGGUGCAUAGUACGUGGCCAGUCAUUUUAGUACCUUAUAAUAUUCCACCAUGGAUGUGUAUGAAACAACCAUACUUUAUGUUAUCAUUGCUAAUACCUGGUCCAUCUGCUCCUGGAAAUAACAUCGACAUCUACUUGCAGCCCCUUAUUGCAGAUUUGAAGGAUUUGUGGGAAGUAGGAGUGCAAACAUAUGAUGCAUCAACAAAACAGAAUUUUAAAUUGCAUGUUGCAUUACUAUGGAUGAUAAGUGAUUUUCCUGGAUAUGCAACCCUAUCUGGAUGGAGCACCAAGGGUAAAUUUGCAUGCCCGGUGUGCCACAAAUUUACACAUUCACGUGAUCAUGAGUUUCGCAAAGAUUCUCAACAUUUCGAUGGCACAGAAGAGUAUGGAAGACCACCACCAAUACUUUCAGGAGACACAGUGAUUAAUGAGUUAAAAAAUUUUAAAUUGAAAUUUGGAAAAAUAGUUGAUGAUAAUCCAGAACUACCAUUCAAUUGGAAAAAGCUGAGUAUUUUCUUCGAUUUACCAUAUUGGAAAGAUAAUGUGAUACGUCACAAUCUUGAUCUUAUGCAUAUUGAAAAGAAUGUGUGCGAAUCAAUUUGUGGGACAUUGCUAGAUAUGGAAGGAAAAACGAAAGAUAAUAUUAAAUCACGUCUUGAUUUGCAAGAAAUUGGGAUAAGAUCAGAACUUCAUCCUAUUGAGAAGGGACCGAGUAGAGUUUACCUACCUCCAGCUUGUUAUUCAAUGGGGAAAAAAGAGAAAGGUACAUUUUGCAAGGUUUUGAAAAAAGUUAAAGUUCCAGAUGGUUAUGCAUCUAACAUUUCACGAUGCGUUCAACUGAAACCAGCAAAAUUAAUUGGUCUAAAAAGUCAUGACAACCAUAUUUUGAUGCAACAGUUGUUGCCGGUAGCACUACGUAAAACUUUGUCUAAAUCAGUUCGGAAUCCUUUGAUCAGAUUGUGUAGGUAUUUCAGAGAGCUAUGUUGUAAAGUAAUUUCUCCUACUGAUGUGGUUCGUCUGAGGAAAGACAUUGCGGUGAUUCUUUGUCAACUCGAGAAAAUUUUUCCUCCGUCAUUUUUUAACAUAAUGAUUCAUUUGACUGUACAUUUGGCUACUGAAGUACAACUUGCUGGACCAGUUUAUUAUCGUUGGAUGUAUCCAAUUGAAAGGUACUUAGGGACAUUGAAGUCAUAUGUUCGAAAUAGAAGUCGACCAGAAGGAUCCAUUGCUGAGGGGUAUUUGGCUGAGGAAUGUUUGACAUUCUGUUCUUUAUAUUUAGCUGAUUAUGUAGAGACAAGAUUCAAUCAAUCAAUGAGAAAUGAUGAUACAACUAUCGGUUCAACAUUUGCAUUGGACGUGUUUACAGCCUCUGGUUAUGCACUUGGAAAGGCCAUUGCAACUAAGUUUGAUGAUGAGACAUUAAAGAAGAUCGAAAAUACAAACCGUUCCCAGGAUGAUCCAAUAUCAAAUGAUCUGAAAUCACUUGCCAGAGGUCCGAAUUUCAUAGGGAUACGAUAUGAAAAAUUCCUUUCCAACGGAUUUAGGUUUCAUACAAAAGAAGUGGAACGCAAGAGGAAAACUCAGAAUUGUGGUGUUAUUGUUCGGGCUACUACUUCAAGUUAUUCAAGUAUUAGAGAUCAGAAUCCAAUAUCAAGUGAACUUGAUUAUUAUGGAAUUUUGCAAAAUGUGAUUGAGUUAGAUUACGAGGGAGGUCGAAGAGUUGUUUUAUUUGAAUGUGAUUGGGUCUCCAAAGGCAAACGACUAAAACUAGACGAGGAUGGUUUUAUGUUGGCCAAUUUUACAAAUGUGAAGCGUCAUAACGAGCCUUAUAUUUUAGCAUCCCAAGCCAUGCAAGUUUUUUAUGUGGAAGAUCCAGUUGAUUGUAAUUGGCAUGUAAUUAUCACCACCGAUGCACGAGGACAGUAUAAAAUGCAACCUGUUGCAGAUGUUGAUACAUACCUUCAAAGUUGUAUUUGUAAUCCUGAAGACGACCAUGAUCAUGAAGAAAUCGUUUGGGUUCGGGAUGAUGCUACAGGAGUUGAAAUUGAUGUUGAUAUAUGA